GCUUCUCGGGACCUGGGCCAGAUCAACGACCUCCAGUCGCAACUGGAAGAUGCUCAGAAGGAGAAGCAGGAGCUGCAGGAGAAGCUGCAAGGCCUCCAGAGCCAGCUGGAGUUCCUGGAGCAGACCAUGGUGGACAAGAGCUUGGUCAGCCGGCAAGAAGCCAAGAUCCGCGAACUGGAGACCCGCCUGGAGUUCGAGAGGACCCAAGUGAAGCGCCUGGAG